GAGCCAAAUGUUAUUUAGUUCUUAACGUCUCCUCCUUCAUAGGUUCAUGCAUUAGCAAUAUCAUUCUCACCCAUAUAAACCCAUUUUGAUCACAAUUCACAACACCUUGUCAUAAAAACAAAUAACAACGUUACGAUGGUUGUUCUUUCCCAACAAGCUACAUUAAACGAAUUAUUUAACGUAAACACAUGCAAAGCAACAAGUUUGUUGUUCAAAGGUGUUCCAGAGGUUGACCUUUCAGACCCUCAAGCCAAAAGAAUAAUAGUCAACGCCUGCCAAGAGUUUGGAUUCUUUAAGGUUGUCAACCACCAUGUUCCAUUAGAGUUAAUGGCCAAUUUGGAAAAUGAAACAGUAAAGUUUUUCGGACAGCCUAGGUCAGAGAAAGAGAAGGCGGGUCCACCUGAUCCAUUUGGGUAUGGAAAUAAGAGUAUUGGCAAAAACGGUGAUGUUGGUUGGGUUGAAUACCUUCUUCUAAACACUAACCCUGAUGUCAUUUCUCCUAAGUCUCUUCUUCUUUUGCAGCAAAAUCCAAAUACUUACUUCAGGUGUGCUGUUGAAGAAUAUAUAUUGGCAGUGAAAGAGGUGUGCUUGGAAGUGUUGGAAUUAAUAGCAGAUGGAUUGGGGAUUGAAGAAAGAAAUGUGUUUAGCAAAAUGGUGAGAGAUAAGAGAAGUGAUUCAUGCCUGAGAGUAAAUCACUACGCAGCAUGUGGAGAGAUUCAAUCAUUGAGUGGAGGAGCAAAUUUGAUUGGAUUUGGAGAGCACACAGAUCCACACUUAAUUUCUGUCCUAAGGUCUAACAACACAACAGGACUGCAAAUAUGCCUCAAAGAUGGGACUUGGGUUUCAAUCCCACCUGAUCACACUUCCUUUUUCAUCAUUGUUGGUGACUCCUUACAGGUGAUGACAAAUGGGGGAUUAAAGAGUGUAAAACACAGGGUUUUGACUGACACAAGUAUGUCAAGGGUGUCAAUGAUUUACUUUGGAGGACCACCCUUUAAUGAAAAGUUAGCACCUUUGCCUUCAAUAUUGAUAUCAAGGGAAGAGCAGAGUUUGUACAAAGAGUUCACAUGGAGGGAGUACAAGAAUGCUGCUUACAACUCAAAGCUGACUUAUAAUCGACUUAGUAUCUUUGAGAAAUCUCCUACUCAAUGAGAUCAAUGGAAUUAGAGUGUAACAAUUCUCCUCUAAUUUUGCUCAUAGAUAACAUAAAUAAAUUAUCUAUAUUUAAUAAAGUUACCUUCCCACCUAA